GGUAAACGACACGCGUCAAUGAAUGAAAUUAAUACUUAAAAUGAUUCCAUUAAUAUAUAUAAUAUUAUUUUCGAAAUCUCAGAGAAUUAAAAAAGAAUUUAUAACAACUCCAAGGAAAGCAUCAAUGGUGGGAGAAGAAGCUUGCUUGUGAUAAUAUAUUCAGCUACGUCGAGUGAAGAACCAGUGAAGCAUAAGUAGCAGAGACAGAGAGAGAUACGUGAGUGUGUGUCUGUGUUUUUCGCUUUUUGGCUUUCUUCGCUGAUUCCACGAACGGCGUGAAUCGACUUUUCUCCAGAUCUCAUCUCUUUCAGUGUUUGAUUCUGUCAAAAUCUGCAAGCGAAUCGAGAUUUCUCAGAUCUCGUUUUCGCUUGCACGAGAUUCAGAUCUGAUAGUGUCGGUGUUCAAUUUUCUCAAAUCCAAAUGGAGAAACCGGAGAGCGAGAAGAAAUCGGCGGUGUCUGAUGUCGGUGCAUGGGCUAUGAAUGUAAUCAGCUCCGUUGGAAUCAUCAUGGCUAAUAAACAGCUCAUGUCUUCCUCUGGUUUCGGUUUUGGCUUUGCUACAACGUUAACGGGAUUUCACUUUGCAUUCACUGCUCUUGUUGGUAUGGUGUCAAACGCAACGGGACUAUCAGCUUCUAAGCAUGUUCCUCUUUGGGAGCUUCUCUGGUUCUCAAUUGUUGCUAAUAUCUCUAUCGCUGCUAUGAACUUUAGUCUUAUGCUCAACUCUGUUGGCUUCUAUCAGAUUUCGAAAUUGAGCAUGAUUCCGGUGGUAUGCGUGUUGGAAUGGAUUCUACAUAGCAAGCAUUAUUGUAAAGAAGUGAAAGCUUCUGUAAUGGUUGUGGUUAUCGGUGUUGGGAUUUGUACUGUGACUGAUGUCAAAGUUAAUGCCAAAGGUUUCAUUUGUGCAUGCACUGCCGUUUUCUCCACUUCUCUGCAGCAGAUUUCUAUAGGCUCUCUGCAGAAGAAGUACUCAGUAGGAUCCUUUGAAUUGCUGAGCAAAACUGCACCAAUCCAAGCCAUUUCACUUCUCAUCUGUGGCCCCUUUGUUGACUAUUUGUUGAGCGGCAAAUUCAUAUCUACUUACCAGAUGACUUAUGGUGCCAUCUUCUGCAUUCUUCUCUCCUGUGCAUUAGCCGUUUUCUGUAACAUAAGCCAAUAUCUCUGCAUCGGAAGAUUCUCAGCGACAUCUUUCCAAGUUCUAGGCCACAUGAAAACAGUAUGCGUCCUCACAUUAGGAUGGCUUCUCUUUGAUUCCGAGAUGACAUUCAAGAACAUCGCCGGGAUGGCCAUAGCCAUUGUUGGAAUGGUGAUCUAUAGUUGGGCUGUUGAUAUAGAGAAACAGAGGAACGCAAAGUCAACGCCACACGGCAAACACAGUAUGACCGAAGAUGAGAUUAAGCUACUCAAAGAAGGAGUUGAGCAUAUCGACUUGAAAGACGUUGAACUCGGUGACACUAAACCAUAAGUGGGUGCUUAUAACCCAUUUGAAAUUACUCGUCGCUACUGAUUCGAAUUCUUUAUACAAAUAUUUCCUUUGUGUGCCAUUUACUUUGUUCUUUCCACUUCCUAUAUAUGUCUUAGAACAUUUUGGGCUUUUCAGAAAGCCCAUAAAUCCUUCUUUGCUUGAGAAGAAGGCCCGUCCUUGAAUAGUAAGUGUCCUAUAUAGUAAAGUAAACAGAAAUGUCAACUGAAGCAUGUGAUUUUAUUCAUUUGAUUAUAUAUGUCUAUGAACUACCAAAACAGAUCUCUUGUAUCAUAUGUAUGAUUCAAUGGCAUACAAAUUUGAAAUU